AUGACCAUUAAUUCUUUGCUACCCAUCGCUCCGGCGAGGGUACGAGCGCUCGUCGUGCCUGUCGGGCAGAUCAAGGGGGACAGAUUUGAAUCUUUUGUAACAAGAUUGAAUCAGGAGUAUGACGUCCACCUUAGGGACAUCAGUGCCGAUGGGCGCCCCAAUAGGAACAUGUUCUCGCCCUUGGCCUUCCCGAACGGAAGGAUAUUCUACGAACUCAUCACACACGUGCCCCCUCCCUCACACUUGGCCUUGUCUCCAUUCGACCUGUACCGCGAGCCUCUCGCCGUCAUAGCUAUAGCCGAUGGAGCCGAGCUGGAGAAUGGAGCUUUCAGCAAGAGACAGUCCGCAACUGCCCCAACCAUGACAGAAAGGAACAUACGUACCCUGUAUCAGGAACUGGAAGAUCUAAGAGACGCGCAUACCAAGGCCCUUAUUCACCAGGUCCUCAUAUUCGACUAUGUGCAGCCGGCAGAACAACCCAUCGUCCUGCCCGAAGGCGUCAAAACAAUUCCGCCCAUAGAACAUUCCAUACGAACGACUGUCAAGACCAUCAUGUGCGACAUAUCCUCGCUAUUGUUGGCUGAGAUGACCACAUUGGCAAAGUCCUUCGAAGCCAUGACAGCGAUCGAGUCUCCGGGGCAUGCGGUAAGACCACAGAUGAACGGUGCAAAUACUACCGAGGACCCGAACCAUCUACGGAGGAAUUCACAAUUCGCCCUGCCCACAAGAUCAGUAUCGACCAGCGGUGUCGCGGAUAAGAGCCAAGCGCGCAUGUCGCUGCCAGCAUUUAAGGGCUUGUCUUUUGGAUCGAGCAGUUCAACUCCCACAAACCGCCCAUCAACCCCUGUGAGGAACGGCAGUGGACUGUCGCAUCCGCCAACUACCUUUGAUGAGAUGACGAAUGGCAGUGACCAGGACCCUGCAAGCCCAGACCAAAGGCCUUCGAGGCCUGGAACCGCUGAGGGCUUUAAAUCUUCGUCAUCAGACAAAGUUUCAGUCCAAGGCUUUGGUCCAGGAGGUCUCAACGAGAAGUGGAGAAACAAAGGCAAGGGUCGAGUCAAAAUAAUAGUUGGCUCUUUAUAUCUUCAGGCAGGACGAUGGACGGAUGCUCUGAAAGAGUUGAUCGAGGGGGCCACUGUUGCCAAGUCUAACAACGAUCAUUUAUGGCAUGGAAAGGCGCUUGAUCUCAUUACAGUAUGUCUGAUUCUGCUAGGUUGGGCCGGCAUCGAGUUCCAAGUGCCGGCGGUCUGUCUGUCGCCAGAUAAGCCGACGAGUAAGGCACCGGAGGUCGAGGAUGUCAUUCCCGACCAACCCAAAUACCUGCGAAAUUUCCAGGCUUGCCUACCAGAUCUUCUGGAGAGGAUCAUUGGCCUUUGUACGAGGAUAUCUGGGGAGAAAUUACCGCCACUUCCUCUGUGCGAGAUGGUUAUCCGAUUCUGCAGUCUUUUAACUUCAUUGCACAUAUGUGAUGGGCGGCUGGACCCGAAGUUUCUUGACAUGGUUGUUUCUGGCAAGAGCUCGCACAACCCGUUAACGACAUCGCCUCGACUGAGCGUUACACCUAGUCGAACUUACGUAGCAAAUCUUUUGUUUCGGGCGUUCCCCCCCUCAGGACGUGAGGUCAUAACGACAGUUGAUCGUGCACUUGUUCUGAGUGGGAUUGCAUCAGUCAUGGGGACACUGGGUUAUCACAGAAAGAAGGCGAUGGUCUUGCGAGAGCUGGUAGGCGUUCUCGUCGCUGGCCUCGUAGAAGCACGUACUCGCGGAGCUGCAGAGGUUGGAAUCCACCCAGCCGCGGGACUAGUAGCUUUGGAUGCCGUCAAUGGUCAUAGCAAUGGUGCCGGAGCGCUAGAACUAGGCGAAGGCGAUAUUGAGCACGGCAUCGAUGCUUUCCUAGGCAUUCUUUGUAAAACGUAUGGUGUCGUGGGCUUCAACGGUCAACUCAGGGCGGACUCUGCCUCGUCUCCGGAUGACAGUGAUAGCAAAGUCAUUUCAAGGAUUGAGAACCAAUCCAUGGUUAGGCACUACGGCAUUCAAGAUGUCAAGCUCAAUGUCCUGCGCGCCUGCAUUAACAUGUCCGAAGCGUUGCCAGAUUUUAAUGGCGUGCUGAAGUUUUCGAGCGAUUUGCUGCGAACUGCUGGCAGUGGUGUAGCACCCGGGCCGCGCCGGGAAGAUGCUGCGCCAAUGAUCACCCGUGACGAGCAGAUACGACUCGUCAAUAACAUCUCAAAGACCGCCGAUUUAUCGAGGAAAUUAGGAUUAGGUCAUCUAGCAGCGGAAUUCUGGGACGAGUUCCUAGUACGUGGCAUAUCUCUAGACCCCUUGCCACCAACGAAAGCUCCCAUACCACAUGCUAGAAACGUGCUACCGGGAGCAAACAAUGCGCGAACAUCUCAGGACGUCAAUCCGUUCAUAUACAACCCAUUCCUGAGAGCACCCGACAAAGUAGUUGUCGAACAAACACUGGUUACCGGGGAAGCAGCCACUUUCCGCAUCACGCUUCAGAACCCUUACGAAAUCGACGUGGAUAUUGAGAGCAUAAGACUCGAGACCGAAGGAGCCGUAUUUGAAUCUUCAGUUGAGAGCACGGUCAUUGGGCCUUACCGAACCCAGAUCCUGAAGGUUUACGGGACGCCCAAGGAAGCCGGUUCUGUGAAAGUCACAGGUGCUAUAGUGCAGGUUCGAGGAUGCCGGGAAAGAAGGUUUCCCAUAUUUCCUCAUUCAUGGGUAGCAGAUACGGAGGUGAAAAUCAAGGCGAUAGGCCUUACCUCCAUUGAAAGGACUAACAGUUUCUAUGAGAGCAAACAGCUGAACCGACCCGGGCCGGAGCUGAAGCCCGAAAGCAUGAGCCUGAGUACCAUUUCAGCACAGCCUGUUAUUGUGGUCAAGUCGACAACAUUGCCGCAGUCCGCAAUCAUGGUCCUUGAAGGUGAGAGACAGAUAUUUUCUGUUACGUUGCAGAAUCUAUCUGCAGAAACUCCCGCAGAUCUUCUGCUAUUCUCGUUUCAAGAUUCGACACAAGGUCCUUUACAAACAGCUCUGACCAGUAGAGAUGCUACGCCUUCUGAACUUUACGAGUAUGAGUUGGUCUUGGCAAGGAAACAAGCGUUACGUCUCUGCAAAACCGACGAUUCGAAAAGAUUCAUUGCGCCAGGUGGCACGAACACUUUCGAAUUUGAGAUUUUGGGUAAGCCAGGUUUGACCAAUGGAACGAUCCAGAUUGACUAUGCUUAUCUUGGUGUAACCCAAGAAGAGGUUAAGGAUCAAUUCCACACACGACAAGUAUGCUUAGACAUGACUGUGACAGUCAAUGCUAGUGUGGAGGUCGCAAGGAUGGACAUACUUCCAAUCCAAGGGGAUGUGCCACGCCCACUUUGGCAACGCCUUGGUGCAGAGCAGUUGGGCGAGGAUGUCUCAGACUCGGACAAGUACUGCCUCAUGAUUAUGGAUCUGAGGAAUGCCUGGCCCAGUCAUAUGCAGGUGCGCCUCGAAGCCGAGAAAGGCUUCACGAUAGAAGAGCACAUCUUGCCAGGCAACACAAAUCGUGUCGUCUUCCCUAUCCCUCGCGUAUUCCUAGAAGACCCACACGCCUCAAUUCCAGCUUUGAAUCCAUCUCGCCAACGCCAAUUCGUGGUCAGUACCAGCAAAAUCACUCCUGAGACGGAACGCGCCAACCGCGAAGCCUUCUGGUUCCGUGAGCGCAUGCUCGACUCCCUCAAAGGGUCGUGGAAGACCCUUUCUGGGCCUUCGAGAUCCGGCAGUAUUGAGUUCCGCGGAAUCCGUCUCACGCCGCGUAUGAUCGAGGCUGUCAAGGUCGACGAAGUUGGUAUCGAUAUCUCUGUCGCCUCUGAUGAUGCCACCAAGGCGACCGGAUGUGCCAAAAACACGAUAUAUGUUGACGACUUUGCCCAGCUCAAGGUCUCGCUCACGAACCGUACCUCCCAGCCAAUAUAUCCCACAUUGCGACUGCUGCCCGCGCUCUGCCAUCGGCCCCUCAAUGUGGCUUUGGACUUCACGCGGAAACUGGGCUGGAACGGGACGAUGCAGCGAUUUCUCCCGCUGCUGGAGCCAAGACAGAGCACCGAGGUCGUCAUCGGCCUGACGCCGCUGUGUCGUGGCGAAUUCGAGUUUGUGGCCAGUGUCGAGGAGACGAUCCUGUGGGAAGAGGACGAAAAAGGCGACAAAAACAGCAAUGGUGGUGGUGGUGCUGCCGACAAUGACAAAACCGGUCGCGAGCGGUCAGACACGCAGAAGAUGAUGGACGCCGUGCUCGGGCCGAGGGAGAGGAGGAUCUGGCACUCGAGACACAAGUGUUUCGUCAGUGUUCAAGACCGCGAGGACGGAAGCGACGAGAACUGA